GAAGAAGAAGAAGAAGCAGCAGCAGCAGCAGCAGCUUUGGAAAUUCAGGGUCUUUUUUUGGGUUGUAUAAAGCUUGCUUUAAGUACCCAUUUCAAUCAAGUAAUCCAGGAUUUCUAAAGCUUGUUUGUACCUGCAUAUAGCUUCUAGGUCUUCUACUACCAGAAGCCAAGCUGUUUCUGCGUUUUGGAGGAUUUGCUUAAUGUGGUAAAAGCCAAACCCCAUGAUCGCAGGAUGAUGUGUGACUCACCAAUCGUCCAAUCUAAGUUCAGCCAAAGUGAUUCUCUCUCCAGAUAUUCGCAUUCUAGCAUCUCAUGUAAUUCUGAAUGUCAGUCAAGGAUUGUGAAAGAUGACUCUUUUUUGAAGGUGAGUAAACCUGAUGAAGGUAUCAGACGACUUGGAUCAUGCAAUAAAAGUUCAUACCCGUACAAGUUCCAGCUUGAACAGGAUGUACAAAGACUGGAACGCCAGCUGCUUGAAGAAAUAGAGCUACAUGCUAUUCUGGAAAAUGCAAUUGAGAAAAAUAUUACAAGUUUCUCAAGUGCAUCAUCCCUUCCUUACAAUGCUAAAGAGCUCCUGAGCAAUAUUGCUGAGCUGGAGGUUACAGUUUCAGAACUAGAACAGGAGUUUGUUGCUUUGCAUUUCCAACUAAGUCAAGAAAGAAAUGAAAGAAGGCUUGCGGAAUACCGUCUGAGGCAUCCAUCUCCUCAGUUGAUGUCUCCUCACCCCUCUGGAAUAAUGAAACUUCCGAUUUCAUCUCCGUCGAGGUGUACAGAGCAGUCAAGUCCUGAACUUCGUAAUUUGUCAAGAAAUGACUCGUGGCAGGAGGCACAAGAUCAAUCAUCAGAAACUAGUGGUGAAACACCAUCCUUGCAAUCAGUAAUUGAGAAUGCGGUGGACUCAGUUGCAUGUGGCGGUGAUAUGAAAAAUUCAAGGAAGAUGGAUCUCGUAUCUUUACAACCUUCUGACAUCAGAAUGCUUCCUAAAGGGUUGCCCAGCAAGGGCCUCUGGGAUCAUCCUAAUCAACUGUCAGAGGAGAUGGUUAGAUGUAUGAAAAAUAUUUUCAUAUCUUUGGCUGAUUCAGAUGUACCAUCAUUUUCUUCUUCCCAAGAGAGCCACUUGUCACCUCAGUCACCACGUGGACAUCUCUCUAAUUCCUCAUGGUGGUCAUCAUCUGAACGGUCGGUGAUUUCAUCAUGGGUGCAGAGCCCACAGGUAGAUAUACAGAAUAACUCUGAAGUAUUAGCUUCAGAAAACGCCUGUGAUCCCUACAGAGUUAGAGGGAAACUGAGUUGGGCAGACAUUGGGAGCUAUGGAUUAGCAACUGAAGUGUCUUGGAUGUCGGUUGGUAAGAAGCAGUUAGAAUAUGCUGCUGGUGCUCUGAGGAGGUUCAGAGUACUUGUGGAGCAACUGGCAAAAAUAAAUCCUAUCCAUUUGAGCUGCAAUGAGAAGCUUGCUUUCUGGAUGAACUUAUAUAAUGCACUUAUCAUGCAUGCUUACUUGGCUUAUGGAGUCCCUAGAAGUGAUUUGAAGCUUUUCUCUUUGAUGCAAAAGGCAGCUUACACUGUUGGGGGACAUUCUUACAGUGCCACUGCUAUCGAGUAUGUAAUUUUGAAGAGCAAACCUCCACUCCAUAGACCCCAAAUUGCAUUGCUUCUUGCCCUUCACAAGCUUAAGGUUUCAGAUGAGCAACGGAAGUCUGUAAUUGAUACAUAUGAACCACUUGUUACCUUUGCUUUAAGCUGUGGAAUGUACUCUUCACCGGCGGUAAGAAUCUACACUGCAAAAAAUGUAAGGGAAGAACUUCAGGAAGCACAGCGUGAUUUUGUUCGAGCUUCAGUUGGGGUUAGUAACAAGGGGAGGUUAUUGGUGCCAAAAAUGCUGCACUGCUUUGCCAAAGGCUCUGUGGAUGAUUCAAAUUUGGCUGUAUGGAUAUCACAUUACCUCCCGCCCCACCAAGCUAUCUUUGUUGAACAAUGCAUAUCACAAAGGCGGCAAGGCCUGCUUGGUUCGCGCAACUGUGGCAUUUUGCCAUUUGAUUCACGUUUCCGUUACCUAUUUCUACCCGACAAAAUUCCAUCAUGAUGGUAAUGAUAUCUGGCAAUACUACGGUUUUAUACACCAUGGAGUAGUCUGUUCAGGUUGAGCAAGCUAAAACCAGAUGGUGGAAGUGUCGUUCACCAGAUUUAGAAACACAGGUCAGUCAGGUCUUUCACCUCAUAGACCUCUUAUAAUCCCUCACGGGUACAGUGAACACCUCACCGGUACGGUGUUGUACAUUUUGUUCAUGGAUAACAAGAGUUCAGGUAUAGUGUAGGAAAUCGUUGUGUAUUCAUUCCACUUGUACUACAAACGGCCAAUAAGAGUGAGAUUGUGAGUUUUGAUUGCUAAAA